AUGUCGCAACACGCAUUGUCUGACCAGCAGGUCGACAAUGAGCUCCGCAAGAUGACGGCCUUCAUCAAGCAGGAGGCUACGGAGAAGGCCCGCGAGAUCGAGAUCAAGGCCAAUGAGGAGUUUGAGAUUGAAAAGUCCAAGCUGGUUAGGCAGGAGACGGACGACAUCGACGUCCAGUACGAGAAGAAGUUCAAGCAGGCCACCAUGUCGCAGCAGACGACGCGCUCCGUCGUUGCCAACAAGACCCGCCUCAAGGUCCUGGCCGCCCGCCAGGAGCUCCUCGACGGUAUUUUCGAGGAGGCCGAGAAGAAGCUGGCCGACGGUACAAAGGACAAGGGACAGUACCAGAAGACCCUCACGGGUCUCAUCCUCGAGGGCUUCGAUGCCCUCAGCGAGCCCUCUCUCCAGAUCCGUACCCGCAAGCAGGACCUCGACACGGCCAAGAAGGCCCUCUCCGACGCUGAGGCCGAGUACAAGAAGAAGACGGGUAAAGAUAUCAAGGGUUCUAUUAUUGAGAAGGACCCUCUUCCUCAGGACAGCGCCGGUGGUGUCAUCGUCAUUGGCGGUGCCGGCAAGAUCGAGGUCAACAACACCUUCGAGGCUCGGUUGGAACUCCUCAAGUCAUCCGCCGCUCCCGCCGUCCGCGAGACUCUGUUUGGAAAGAACCCCAACCGCAAGUUCUUCGACUAG